AAAAAGACAAAAUAUGUUGUUGAUUGGGGUCCAGUCAUUGGAAAUGAAACACAUAUUAUGCACUCAAAAAUAAUACGUAAUCUUCAGAACUAUACUCUGAAGGGGCAAUUCAAGCCCAAGCAGCGAUACCGAAUAAUGUUACAAAGAAGAUAUACGAAAUGGAAACGACCGGCAAUUUCCGAGGUUACAGUUGGGGUCGUUGAUAUGUAUACAGUAGAAGGAACACCAAGUAUUGGUCCCACCAAUGUUAAGGUUAUCAGUGUUCGGAAAUCCUCUGCAACAAUAAAAUGGGAUCACAUACCUGAAGAUAAAUGCCAAGGCUUUCUCCAAGGCUACAAGAUUUUUUAUUAUUCAAAGAACGUAACAAACUCUUCAAAAGUUGUUUUAGUGAACUCCUCCACAACAAACUACACCCUCAGAGGGCUUUUGCAAAAGACAUUCUAUACCGUAGAGAUCUCGGGAUUUACCAAGGCUGGAGAAGGAGCCAAAAGUCAACCGGAGUUUUUCAAAACAAAGGACUCUGGUGAUGAUGCACUGGCAGCAAUUGCUGUUGGAGUUUGUGUUGCAAUUAUCGUCUUUGUGUUUCUGGUGACAUGGAUCUGCUCGCUUCUUGUUAAAAGAAUAAAGAAGCAAUUCUGGCCGGCUAUACCGAAUCCCGGAAACAGUAAUGCCAUCCAGAUUAUAGAAAGGGUUUCAUCAUUGCCUCACCUGGACAGUGAAUCAUCAGAACUGAAUUCAAACUUGCUUGACAUAAAAAGAGAAGAGGAACUUGAAAACCUUCACACUAUUGAAGAGAUCACCAGUUCAUUCAUAGAUUAUGGGCUGCAAGAGAAUGAACCAAAAAACGUACCAGACCAGAAACCCAAAAAUGAGGUCACACAAAAGCCAACUGUUGUGCAGUUCACUGACUACACAACGAUGGAGAACUUCCAACAAAUAAUGUCGAUUAUUCCAAGCAAUAAUAUACAGCCUACUAGAAGUGAAACAGAGUAUAAUGCUGAAACAGAGUAUCAGCAGAGUGACAACUUAAUUCUGAAUUACACAAAGCAAGGAUUCCAUCAUAUGAGCACAAACACAACAGAAGGAAAUCCAUUAGUUGCUACGGAAUGCUCUGCAUUGCUUGUAAAUCCUGAUAACAUUACAGAUGCACAGGCCCUUCAGUCACAAGGGUUAUUAGAAACAAAUUCGUGAAUACCGUUGGUGGAAAAUGCUCAAACAGAUGAUUCAAAGGCUGUUCCUAUAAAUGCAUGUUUUCAGCCACAUUCAAGCAGUGCAAUGCGGUGAAAUUAAAGCUAUGCAACCUGCUAAAUGUACUGUACUGAAAGUAUAAAACAUACCAAUUGUAUGACUGUGCAGAUGCACUACUUCAGAUAUGGUACCUUUCGGGCCAAGGGCUCUCACGUGUGGCAUGAGAAAUGUGGUGGAGAACGUUGGCGGUGGAAGUUCAAAUAAAAUUGUUAAUAGUUGUCUGAAGUGAGGCAUGGUGGUGGUGGAAGUGCCAGAGUUUGUCUGAAUUAGUCAGAAUGCCAGAAAAAGGUGGUGGUGUUGGUAGUAGACACUAAACUUCAGGGAUGUCAUUUAUAUUCCUUCCACUUACGUGAAGGCACCUUUGUCUUUAACAGUCCAACACUCAGACAGAGCAAAUGACAAAAGGGCAGUGAUUACAACGUUAUGGUAGAGCAAGUUACAACUUGCCUGAUCCUCUCUGCAACCAGACUGUCACAAGUUGGUGAAGAUUAGCAAAACCUCAUCUGCUUUGCACCAUGGUUUGUGGGAGAAGUUGGGGAGCCCACACAGUGAGAAAGUCAAGGACUUCAAAGGACAUCCAGCAUGCAAGCAAUGAUCCAGAACCAGAGAACAUGGAUAUAUAAAACUGCAACUGA